AAAAAAAAUACCAAACGGUUUGGCUGUCGCGCAUUUUCAAUCGCAAAUUAAACGCUGCUAAUUUCGCUAAACGGCCGCUGUUCUCGGAUAACAAAGCGAAUCUCGUGGAUUCCAACGAAUCGAGUCAAUUCAAAAGUGAAAAGUUACGUUUCUAACGCUGCUUUGUUGCACCUGCGUUUUUUCGUGCAUUUUUCAAUCCGUUCACACGCACACAUGCAUUCGUUUAUCGGUGUGUGAAAUUGUGCAAAAACCUGUGACGACAGAGGGGGCGGGGAGGAGGGGCGCGCUAUUUGCUUUUGCCGUGUGUUGAAAGCAAAAUAUUCAUUGUUUUUGUUCCGUGUGUGCACUGCAAAAUUCAUAUUUAAGUGUCUGCGUCAUGUGGGGACCGCUUACCUCCCGCCAGCGAAUUCAGCAGCAGCCAAAAAGACAGCUGCUCAUUUGGCGAGUGUAAACAAAGCAGCACACACACAUAUACACUCGUUUACCUGGCGGCGACUGCGACGCCGACUGCAAUUGCGCUGCCUACAACUCGCAUAUCGAAUUUCACAUCAGAUCUUUAAAGAAGGGAAAUCUCCAUCUGCCGCUUCAUCUUUUGUCUGGCCAACCUGUUCGCUUCCAGACAGGAAGUUUGAGUUGGCCAAUUUUCGCAAGUUAAGCCAAGUGCAGCGAGGCAGCGACGUCGACGACGGCGUCAACGUCCUCUGCCCGCGUCGCAGCAGCUGCGCAGCCGUAAACGUUACAAGCGGAUCUUAAAUAUUCGGAGGACAUGACCUCCAGUUCGGCGGCGGAUGGCGGCGGCCCGAGCAGCGAGACGGCCUGGCUGGAGGAUCUGCUGCGCGAGGUGCAGCUGGAGCAGUUUCUGGACAGGAUUCGCGAUGAUCUGCAGGUGACGCGGCUGGCGCACUUCGACUACGUCCUGCCCGACGAUCUGGAGCGAUGUGGCCUGGGCAAGCCGGCCAUUCGCCGGCUGAUGGAGGCGGUGCGCAAAAAGAAGGCCCACCAGUGGCGCAAGAACAUCCUGUCCAAGCUCAUUGGCGGCGGCAAGCAGCCCUCGUCCAAGAAGCAGUCAUCCUCCUCCUCCGCAAGGGAAUCGAGUCAGGGUAAUGGCACCCCGCUAACCUGCCUCAUCCACGAAAAGGACAUCACAAUGGGCCUGAAAUUGGGCGACGGAUCCUUUGGCGUGGUGCGGCGGGGCGAAUGGAGUGCCUCGCCGGCGGGCAAAGUCAUCCCGGUGGCCGUCAAGGUGCUCAAGUCGGACAAUCUCACCCAGCCGGGCAUCAUCGACGACUUCUUCCGCGAGGUUCAGGCCAUGCACGCCCUGGAUCAUGCGAAUCUGGUGCGGCUCUAUGGCGUAGUGCUUUCCCAGCCCAUGAUGAUGAUCACGGAGCUGGCGGAAAGGGGAUCUCUGCUGGAUACGCUGAGAAAACAGUGCCGCCACACAUCGCUGACCAUCAUCUGGAACUGGUCGGUGCAGAUUGUGACGGGAAUGGCUUACCUCGAACAGAAGCGCUUCCUUCACCGCGAUUUGGCCUGCCGAAAUGUUCUCCUGGCCGCUGGAAAUAAGAUAAAGAUCGGGGACUUUGGCCUGAUGCGUGCCCUGCCGCAAGAGGAUGACUGCUAUGUGAUGUCCGAGCACAAGAAGGUGCCCUUCCCCUGGUGCGCACCCGAAUCGCUGCGCUUCCGGCAAUUCUCGCACGCCUCGGACACCUGGAUGUUUGGCGUGACGCUCUGGGAGAUGUUCAGCUUCGGCGAGGAUCCCUGGGUGGGGCUGAAUGGCUCGCAGAUCCUGCGCAAGAUCGAUCGCGAGGGCGAGCGACUGCAUCAGCCGGACGCCUGUCCGCCGGACGUCUACGCCAUGAUGCUGCAGUGCUGGGAUAAAACGCCUGCCGAGCGACCCACUUUUGCUGCCUUGAAGGAAUAUCUGGCCAGCAUGUCGCCGCCUGUGAUGCGCGCCUCCCGCAGUCACCACGAGUCCAAGGGUCUGCAGAUCGAACCGGGCGACACUAUAGCCAUCAUAGAUGGCCGUCAAGAGCUCAAGUUGAUCAAGGGCCAGAACCAGAGGACCUUUGACAUCGGCAUCUUUCCCAGGAGUCUGCUGGAGCAGCGAAAGGUGGCGGCUGCCGGCGAUGUGGUGAUGCGCAGCAGCAUAGGAAACGGCUCUCCUUUUGGCUUCUGUUGGGGCGGAGCGGCUGCGAUGGCGAAUGGCGAGGAGCGGCAGCGAAAGACCGCCUCUCUAGCGAACCAACCGCAUGCCAAGGAGCGCAAGUCGACGUCCAGCAAGCAGUUUGCCUACAACAAACUGGUCAACGAGGCGGCGGCGGCGGCGGGUCUCCAGCGACGCAAUGCGGUGAAGCACAAGGCAGCGGCGGUGGUGGGUCCACAGCGUCCGCCGCCGCCGCAGUUCCAGCAGGAGGGCAUACUCAUUGAUAUUUCCCCGGAAAUGCGACCUUUAGGAGGAGGAUUAAACGACAGUUCUUCUCUGCAGGCGGACAGCUCAUUUUGCCUGCUCGACGCCCCCAUAGAUGUGCCCACUUAUGCCGAAUCCAGUGGCUCGGGGGAACUCAAUGUUUCGCCCACCUACUAUAAUGAGCAACCGCAAUUUGACUUUGAUCCAGCCAAUGCGACAGCUUCUCCCGGGCGCCUGCAGCCGCCGCCUUACCAGAUGCCACCCACUUACUCGAACACCAUGGAGUUUGUCCAGAAGCGGGAUAAUUACCAACAGCAGCAGCAGCGAGAUCCCUUUGAUACCACAAAUGUGGAAACAGCAGUGGCACUCUACUCGAAUUUUAACCAAUCUCUAGAGGAGCAAGCGGCUCCUCCCAUUUACAACAGUCCUACGGUGAGGAAGAGUCUCUUUGGUGGAACCACUGCGAAUAAGGAAAAUAUACCUGCUUUGGAGUCAGCAGCCAUGCAGCUGAAUCUAAAUAACCUGGCAUUGGAGCCUGUUCCUCCUCCUCCACCUCCUCCCGCUGAUGGUGUUCUUCUAGACAAAUCCUUUAUUGCCGAACUGGAAAAGGACAUGUACAGCAAUGGGCAGAAUCGCGCGCAGGAGGAGUAUCAGCGUAACUCGACGCAGAUGUAUUCCAGCAAGGAUAUGGUCUACAAACAGAAUCUCACGCCUCUCAAGAACGGAGUAGCGCCCUCGAAUCAUUCCAGUCCCUCGUCGAACGCCUCGCCAAAGCAAAAUAACUUAGAGGCAGCAGCAGCUGCAACGGCCACCACUCAAAGUGUGGUGAAUCGCAUUUGGUACGAGCAGGUGGCCUCCACUUCCUCCGAGUAUUAUGCUCAACCGCCGCCCGAGCAGCCAGAAGAGCAGAUCUACCAAAAUCAUCAGCAGCAGGAGUCCAACCAUUCGUUUGUGGCCAUUUCAAACAGGGUGGUGGCACCCAAAACCAGUGUUUACUCCUCCUCCGCUUCCCUUUACGACGCAGUGGCCGCCAGCACGGCAGGAUCUACGUACUACGGUCAAGUUCCAAAUGGCAGCGGUGCCGUGCGAUACGAUGAAGUGACCCAGGAUGAUUAUUUGCGGCCCACGCGACCUGCUCCACUGGCGCCGCCUCCUCUGUCCGCCCAGCAGAUCCAACGGCGGAUGGAGAAGAUGCGGCUGCAGCAACAGCAGCAGCUGGAGGGAGCCCAUCAGCUGUAUGCCCCUGUGCCCUCGGAUUACGGACGCGAGCAGGAGAAGCUGCAGCAACUGAUGCAGGAACUGGGCAGCUCGGCGGUGGAGCAGGAUGUACGCAAUGCACUGCGAGCGGCCAGUGGAGAUGUUUCCCUGGCCACGAGGCACUACAAGAUCGAUCAGCUGGCGAGAUUGGGCGUCGCCGGGCGGCCUCAAUGCGAACAGGCGCUGCAGCAGACCAAUUGGAGUUUGGAGGUGGCAGCUGAAGUUUUACUCUCCACAAAUGCGGGAUAAAAAUCCCAGAAAACAACCACGUAUUACCGCCUCGAAUAUAAUUGCUUUAGUUUUACUUGCUGAAUAUUCGUCUAUAAUUAGCAGCUAACGAUGUCUCGAAUCUUUAUCAAAAUACUCCUAGGUGUAUGCACGAACAUGCAAAAAUACACAUUGUCAAUGACUGUACAAUUUGUUCUAUUUUAUAUAAGCGAUCGUAUAAAAUUAUUUUAUAAUUGUUAUUCGAUGUCUGCAUAUUGAAGAUGCCCCGAAAUUUUAUUUACAACACCAAUCGAAUCGUUCGAGAGAAGGUUCAAAUCUAAAACAAAAAAUGUCAACGCAUGCAACAAUUAAUUUGUUUUGAAAUCAAAUAAAUUAUAUGUAAUUGUUACAAAA